AUGUCAACAGAUCAACAUACAUUAUCAAUUGGUUUAUUAGAAUUAACUACUCAAUUGGCUAAAUUACAUCCAAAAAUAUUAUUAAAUCAAUUGAAUAAUGAUCUAGAUUCACUAAGAUUAUCUUAUAAUUAUAUAUGGGUAUGUAAUUGGUUAUUCAAUUUUAGAUCAUAUUUAAGAAUUCAAAAUUUAUUCGAUAUUGAUUUAUUUGAGUUGGAGUUGAUUGGAUAUUAUCCAACUUCAGAUAUUAUAAAUAAAUUAAAAACUAUCCUUCCUAAACAUUUCAAAUCGGAAAAAAUAGAAGAUGCUUAUAAUUCACUAAAAGACGGAGGGGCAGAAAUAGAGACUUUUGAUUCAUUAUCAAUUAUUGAAAAAGUAGACGUGUUGUACAAAUUAUUACAUACUAUUUCCAAAUAUUCAAAGUUUAGAAAUUGGGCAGAAUCGAUUGGAUUAGUCGAAGAUUUAAGAUUAGAUCCAUUAAAUAGUUCAGACGGAGUUGAAUAUUUCUUAUUAUUUGAUAAUAGACUAUAUAAGAGAUCUGUCACUUUUAAUUCUAUGGAAAUACCAAAGAAACGAAAAUUGACUACUGAUUUACCUGAUUAUAAAUUUGAAAUUAAAGAGGUGAAAUUUGAAUUAAUAUUCAAGAAUAUUUAUGAAUGUGAAGAAUUUAUGUUGUCUAUUAAGAAAAGUAAUAGACCAUUGUAUAAUGAACUAAACAGAAAUGUCGAUUUUAUAAUUGAGAAUGAGAUAAAGAAAAGAAAAUUUCUCAUAUCCAAAAAUAAAGAAUCUCAGAUUGAAAGUUUAUUAGCCACCAGGAAAAAAUCAAGUAGAAUAGAAGCAAGAGAAGCAAAAAGAAAAAUUGAAGAAGAACAAGAAAGAGAAAGAUUACAAGAAGAAGAAGAUUUAAAAUUUACUGGUGAAAGAAGAUAUGAAAGAAGAAGUUUAAGAAGUAAACCAGAUUUUGAAGUAAUACAGUAA